AUGAAGCCAGAGGGGAAGAGCCCGAGCGCGGUCACCUCGCCUCCACUCGGCCCCGCGCGGAGAGGCGGCGGACGCAGGGCUGGAGGCGGCCGGACGGAGCAGCAGCCCUGGCUUCAGCCCUCCCCUCCCCGGGCCAUGACGCCGCCGCCUCCUUCUGCGCACCCUGACUCCCUGGUGGUCUUGUUUGGGGCAACCGCUGGUGCUCUGGGGGCUAAACUGGGCUCGGAUGAGAGGGAAUUAAUUCUCUUGGUGUGGCAAGUUGUGGAUCUUCACAGCCGGAAGGUGGGGACCCUGCACAAGUCCCUGGUGCGCGCGGACGACACGGAGCUGAGCGAGCAGUGCAGGGAGGCGAGCGGUCUGAGCGCGGAGGGGCUGGGCCGGGCCGAGCCGCUGGACAAAGUGCUGCAGCAGUUCUCACAGUUGGUACUGGGGGAUGUGGAGCUCCUGGGCGGAGGCUCCUACACGCUGUGCACAGAUGGGCCGCUUCUGGUUCGACAGGUCCUCCACCCGGAGGCUUCCAGAAAGAACCUGGUGCUGCCCGACUCCUUCUUCUCCUUCUACGAUCUGCGCAGGGAGUUCCACGAGCGGCAUCCUGAGGCUGGCCCAGCCCGAGACCUCACCGUUUCUGCCAUGGCCCAGAACUUGGGGCUGGAAACAGAUGCUGCUGAGGAUGACUUUGGUGUGUGGGAAGUGAAGACCAUGGUGACCAUCAUCUGCCAUCUCCUCUCAGAACAGAAUCACAGCUUUACGGAGCCUGAAAUCGUCAAGUGCAAGUAUGACUCUGGACCCUGCAGCAAGGCUGAGGUGGUGGACAAUGAGACAGUCGUCCGCGCGAGAGGCCUUCCGUGGCAGUCCUCUGACCAGGACAUAGCGCGAUUCUUCAAGGGGCUCAACAUUUCCAAGGGUGGUGUGGCACUGUGCCUGAACGCCCAGGGCCGGAGGAAUGGGGAAGCACUGGUGCGAUUCGUGGACUCAGAGCAGAGAGACCUGGCCUUGGAGCGUCACAAGCACCACAUGGGCGCCCGAUACAUCGAGGUGUACAAAGCCUCAGGGGAAGAGUUCCUCAAGAUCGCAGGGGGCACGUCCCAUGAGGUCGCCCAGUUCUUGUCUCAGGAGGACCAGGUGAUCAUUCGCAUGCGGGGGCUGCCAUUCACAGCCACGCCGGCGGACGUGCUGGCCUUCCUGGGCCCCGAGUGUCCGGUGACUGGCGGUCCCGAGGGCCUGCUCUUUGUCCGCUACCCGGACGGGCGCCCCACAGGGGACGCCUUCGCCCUCUUUGCCUGUGAGGAGCUGGCCCAGAGCGCGCUUCGCAAACACAAGGGCAUCCUCGGCAAACGCUACAUCGAGCUGUUCCGCAGCACAGCGGCUGAGGUUCAGCAGGUUCUGAACCGCUACAUGUCGAGCCCACUGAUCCCGACACUUCCGGCCCCGCUGAUCCCCGUGCUGCCUGCCCCGUUCCCUUUGGCGGGGGCGGGCGUGCGGGACUGUGUCCGUCUGCGGGGCCUGCCCUACACUGCCAGCAUUGAUGAUAUUCUGGGCUUCCUGGGCGAGGCAGCCGGAGACAUCCGGCCCCAUGGGGUGCACAUGGUGCUGAAUCAGCAGGGCCGGCCCUCUGGAGAUGCCUUUAUCCAGAUGAAAUCUGCAGACCGAGCACUGGUGGCUGCCCAGCGGUGCCACAAAAAGAUGAUGAAAGAACGUUAUGUGGAAGUCUUCCCCUGCUCUGGGGAGGAGAUGAGCCUUGUGCUGAUGGGGGGUACUCUGAGCCGAAGUGGCAUGUCCCCCCCACCCUGCAAGUUGCCUUGUCUCUCCCCGCCCACGUAUGCUGCCUUCCAGACAGCCACGGCUGUGAUCCCCACCGAGGCCACGGCCGCCCUAUAUCCCCCUUCGGCCCUCCUCCCUGCAGCUAGGGCUCCCUCAGCCCCUACCCCCGUCACCUACUACCCCCCACCAGCCACUCAGCUCUACAUGAACUACACGACCUAUUACCCCAGCCCCCCCGUCUCCCCGACUGCUGUGGGCUACCUCACCGCUCCCUCGGCAGCUGUGGCCCCAGCCCCUGCCUCCGUACUGCAGCAGCCAGGAGCCCUGGUGAGGAUGCAAGGACUGCCGUAUACAGCUGGCGUGAAGGACAUUCUCAGUUUCUUCCAGGGCUACCAGCUUGCCCCCGAUGACUACGCCAAUCUGGUCCCAGUUGGUGACCCCCCCCGCCCUGUUCUACAAGCCCCCAAAGAGUGGGUGUGCUUGUAGCUGUGAGGGACCCGAAAAGCUCCCAGCAGACUCUGUCCUGGUCCUCCACAGCUUCAGCGGUCAGCCUCGGGGCGAUGCCCUCGUCACCUUUCCCAGCCUGGAUGCUGCACGUCGGGCUGUGGCUGAGGAACACGGCCGGACCUUGGGUGGUCAGCAUGUCCAGCUCUCCCUGGUAUGACCCGAUAUGCCAGGGGAGAGGGUUCAGACCCUUUUGUCUCUGACACCCAAGUGCCUUGAAGGGGAGGGGGGAGGAAGGGGCCUUCCUUCCCCCCUCCCCUCAAACAGCCCCUUCCCUUGAAUAACCUGUGAUCCUUGCCUCCUGCUCUCUGCUCCCCAGCCUUUGAGUUCUGCAGAGGUUGACGACCUGAUCCCUUUCUCCCCUCAAUAGUUAUGGGUGGCCUUGGGUUCCUAGCCUUUUGUGCUCACCCUGAAGCUUGGCCUCAAGUUGAGGAGGUUGGGGUGAACAGCCCAAAGUGGGGCCUCCUCCCCACCCUCCGCACUGCCAGGCUGUAGCCCUUUUAAGUUAUAUUUUUUUUUUAAUUUAAGCCAAUGCAGAAGGGAGUCCCUGUUUACACAUGUGUGUACAUUGUACAUUGUGCCUAUAUGUGGGACUGCUCUGGUCAAGACCGUGCGUGGUCCAGGCUUUGUGGGUUGUGGGCCUGUCUAGCCCCAAGGGUAGAAAUGGGCCGUGUCCCUGUGUCCAUCUGUUGCGGCUUGUUUCAGAGGAGACCCCAGGCUGUAGCCCUUGUUCUGCCCCUUGAAGAAAAGGGAGUCCCAAGGCCUGACCUCCCUCUCCCCCCAUGGGUGUGAGUGUGGGGUAGAUAGGGCUGAGAAGAGCAUCCCCUUCUCAUCCUGCAUUGACCCAGACAGGCAGCCUUAGGCCUGAAGGGAGGAGGCCUUUGAAUAAAAGAUGGAAACACUA